AUGAUCUACGGAGCGCUUCACGACCGCAGGAGCGGCUUCUACCUUCACAGACAGUCUCUGUUUAACGAAGCGAUCGUUCGGAACCAUGACCUGGCCCAUAGGUUCGCGCGAGUUCGCGUCCUCGAGGGGCACAUGGGGUGCGUGAACACCGUGUGCUUCAGUCCGACGGGCGAGACCCUCGUCAGCGGCUCUGACGACCAGCGCAUCAUCUUGUGGGACUUCGCCACGGGACAACAGAGGCUCGCCUUCAACUCGAAGCACCGCAACAACGUCUUCCAGGCGCGCAUCGUCGCGCACAGCGGCGAUCGCGUCCUCAUCAGCUGCGCGGCCGACGGCCAGGUCCGGAGCCACCACCUCCAGUCCGACGGCGGCGUCACGUCGACGCUGCUCGCGCAGCACUACGGGCGCGCGCACAAGCUCUCGGUCGACCCGGGCGCGCACCAGUGCUUUCUGUCCUGCGGAGAGGACGGCAUCGUGCGGCACUUCGACCUCCGCGAGCCCCGCGCCGGCAACAGAGUCCUGUUCGCCGCGUACGCCAUCCUGCCCGGCGGGCAGCCGCCUCGGCCGGGCUCGAUGUCAGCGCUGGGCAUCAACGCGGUGCACCACAACCCGAUUGACCCCACGAAGUUCGCGCUCGGCGGCGACGACGAGUACGUGCAGAUAUACGACAUGAGGAAGCUCGACACGGGCCGCGCGGGGGCGGCGGGAGGCAGCCCACGCCGGUCGGCGCAGAGCGGGUCGCAGAUGGUGGGAUCGAGCGACGGGGACGACGAGGACGACGAUUCGGACAUGGACUUCGCGAUGCGGUUCGGGAUGAUUCGGAUGCCGCCGGAGCCGCGCGUCGGCGACGCGCCCAUCGGACAGCCCGUGGGGACGCUGUGUCCGCUGCAUCUGCGCGUCCACCUGCCAGGACCACCCCGGGGGCCCUACCACGUCACCUGCGUCCAGUACUCGCCCUCCGGCGAGCUCCUCGCCACGUACCACGACGACGACCUCUACCUCUUCGCCCCCGACGGCGCCACCGAGGCGUCGGUCGCCAACAGAUACGCGGCGCUCUCGCUGCCGCCGCCGCCGCCGCCGCCGCCGCCCGAGCCCCCGAGCCCCCGCCAGCCCCGCCGCCAGCGCCGCAGGAUCCUGCGCGCGGCAGCCCCGCGCGACCCCUCCGACGAGGAGGAGGACUCCGUGGAGGAGGCGUGCAGCGACGCAGACGAGGGCGACAGCGACGACCGCACGGACGACGAGGGCGGCGGAGCGGGGCGCGAGCUGCGCGCGGAAGACGUGGUCGGGACCGGGGAGGAGUGGUCGCGCGUCGUGCAGUGCUACUGGGGCCACCGCAACCAGCAGACGGUCAAAGGGUGCGCGUUCGCGGGGCCCAACGCGGAGUACGUGGUCAGCGGGUCGGACUGCGGGCGGCUGUUCGUGUGGUCGAAGCGCGACGGGGCGAUUCAGGCCGUCCGGCGCGGCGACAACGACGUGGUGAACUGCCUUGAGCAGCACCCGGUCCUGCCAAUGACCAUGGCGACGAGCGGCAUCGACGACAGCGUCAAGAUCUGGGCGCCGACCGCGGAGGAGCCGACGGUGCCGGGGGAGCGCGAGGAGGAGGUUCGCGUGCGGAAUGUGCGGAACCGGCAGCUCCCGCCCGUGUCGCUGCUGGCCAACCUGCGGCGGCAGCACAUCCGCCAUGUGCUGCAGAUGCUGGCCGAGGCGCAGGGGCGGGAGCCGCGCGAUGGGCAGGGGUUCACGUUCGAGGAGCUGUACUCUGCGAGCGAGGGCAGCGACGACGAGGACUACGAUGGCAACGACGACGACGGUAACGAGGAGGAGGGUGGGGAGGCGAGCGAGGGGGCGCGCGGGGCUGCAGGCGCUGCGGAGGUCGCGGACGGUGCUGGGGCGGCAGCGGCGGGCGCCGGCGCGGAGGCGGCUGCGGGGGCGGGGGCGGGGGGGGUUGUGGGAGGGGGGAGUGAUGCUGGGGGGUCCGACGGGGAGCGGGAGGAGAGGCGGGCGGUGCGAGCGGCGCUCAUCGCGGAAGCACAGGAAGAAGAAGAGGAGGAGGAGGAGGAGGUGCUGGGUCGCGGCGCGCAGCGGAGGCGGGCGUGGGCGCAGCAGGCGCAGGAGCGGGCGCAGGACAGGCGGGACGGUGGGCGGGCGAACCGCCGGCGUGCGCGGGACAGGCGGAACCCCACGCAGUGGCUGCAGGACUGA